AUGGAAUCAAAUGAAGUUGAAGACAUCACUAUCAUCCGGGGGACAUUGGAUGCCGUGCCCGCAGUCUCCGACCUUCUAGAUACCGCAGUGCAAUGGCUAGUCUCCCACAACAGAGCGGGACAGUGGGAAGCAGCGCCGUUCUCCGAGAAUUCAGAUCGCGUCGAGCAGUUCCGGGAAUUUGCAACUACUGGCCAAUGGUCUUUGGCUUGCUGGACACUUGCAUUUAGAGAUAGGUCACCCUAUGUAUCCCCCGUAUCUGAGCCGGAGCUUUACGUGCGAUUACUAGUUACGGAUCGACCAUACGCUGGCAAUCAGAUUGGCAAACGCCUCUUGGACCAUGCCCGUGAUCUUGCCCGCAAGGCUGGAGUCUCAUUGCUGCGAGUAAAUUGCUAUGCAGGUGGCGACGGCAAGUUGGUCCGAUACUAUGAGUUCCAAGGGUUUCAAAAAUCGGAGGAUUUGAACAGGGAACACGAAUGGCCUUAUCAAGUGCUUGCUCAACGGUUAGAUGAGAUGGAUAAAGAAGAGAGAUGA